UCCUGUAUGAAGCAUGAAGCUGAAGUUUGUGAGUCUCCAAAACCGCGCGAGACGCAGCAGUUCUCUGCUGUGUUGUUGUGUCUCACAGAGGAAAUAUUUCAUUUCCCGCAGCAACAAUGACUUCGGUUCAGGCUUUGGGAGAGUUUAUCAGCGAGCGACUGACUGCUGCUGCUGUGGAAAUAUUCACCGUGUUUGAACAAACUAUCGUCCAGUUCGAGGAGGAGAUUGAUCAACAACGCAGACUUUUGGAAACCAGCUUUAAACCUCAAACCAGCUUCAACAGAGCAGAGAAUCUACUGCAACACAUCGGUGAGCAGGAGGAACAUGAAGCUCCACACAUUGAAGAGGAGGGGGAUGUUGUUAUUCAGGUGUUUGUUCCUGAUGGUGAAAGAGAGAAUUCACUCGACUCAGUCAGAGACUCGGCCACCCAGAGACUGACUGCUGCUGCUGUGGAAAUAUUCACCCUGUUUCAACAAAUAAUUGUCCAGUACGAGGAGGAGAUUGAUCGUCAGCGCAGACUGCUGGAAAUCAACUGGAAUCCUCAGAUCAGGUUACACAGAACAGAGCUUCCACAGGACCAUGACUGCAGAGAGGAGCAGCUCUGCAAACAGAAGACAAACUACCGUCUGGAGCAGGAGGAACCAGAUCCUCCACAGACUGAGGAACACGAGGAACUCGGUACCAGACAGAAGGGAGAGCAGAUUAUUUUGCAGUUUGAAAAUGUUUCCCCUCUGAUUCCUCCUGUUGAGGAGCACAGUGACCUGAGUGAACCAGAAGAAGAUCCGGACACUGAGCAGUUCCUCUCUCAGGACUCUGAAUUCCACCAAAAGCAGACGGACUCAGAACUAACGAGAAGAGCAGAGCUGAGAAACAUCAGCAUGUUUCACAGUUACUGUGUGUCAGAGAACCAGGCUGAAUGUGAGGAAACAUCUGGUGAACCUCUCGGGACAAAACCUAAAUCAUGUCGGAAGGUCCAAACAGUCACUGAUAAGAACAUACUUUGUGAAACUUGUGGCAGAAGUUUCAGCAGUCAGGCUAAAUUGAACAGGCACAUGAGAAUUCACACCAGCGUGAAGUCGUUUUCUUGUGAAACCUGUGGGAAAAGUUUCAGAAGACAGAGUAGUUUUUUGGACCACACAAGAAGUCACACAGGCGAGCAGCCGUACUCUUGUGGAGCAUGUGGGAAAAAAUUCAACAGACAAAGUAGUUUUUUAGACCACACAAGAAGUCACACAGGUGAGAAGCCGUUUUGUUGUGAAACAUGUGGGAAACGGUUUGGUCGACAGAGUUACCUGAAGGAUCACAGAAAAAUUCACACAGGCGAGAAGCCUUAUUCCUGUGAAACAUGUGGGAGAGGCUUCACUCGACUGACUGAUAUGAAGACUCACAGGAGAACCCACACAGGUGAGAAGCCGUAUUGUUGUGAAACAUGUGGGAAGACCUUCAGCCGGCGAAGUCCGUUUCUGGUCCACGCAAGAACUCACACAGGAGAGAAGCCGUAUUCUUGUGAGACAUGUGGGGAACGUUUCAUUGGGCGGUGUCAUUUGAAGCGUCACAGAGUAAUUCACUUAAGUGAAAAACCGUCUACUUGUGAAACAUGUGGGAAAAGUUUCAGUGAAGAGUGUCGUCUGAAUCAUCACACAGUAACUCACACAGAUGUGAACCUGUAUACCUGUGAAACAUGUGGGAAAGGUUUCAGCCAAAAACGUCAUUAUUUGGUUCACAGAAGAAUCCACACAGGUGAGAAGCCGUAUUCUUGUGAAGCAUGUGGGAAAACCUUCAACCAGAAGGCGAGUUAUUUGAUCCACAGAAGAACUCACACUGGUGAGAAGCCAUAUUCUUGUAAGGUAUGUGGGAAAUGUUUCGGUCAGUACAGUGGUUUGUUUGUCCACUUAAGAACUCACACAGGCGAGAAGCCAUAUUGUUGUAAAAUAUGUGGGAAACGUUUCAGUCAACACAAUAGUUUGUUUGCCCACCUAAGAGUUCACACCGGUGAGAAGCCGUAUUCUUGUGAAACGUGUGGGACUAGUUUUGGUAAGCGGUACACUUUGUUGGUCCACAUGAGAACUCACACAGGCGAGAAGCCGUAUUCCUGUGAAACCUGUGGGAAAAGUUUCAGUCAGAGCAGCACUUUGUCAGGCCACAUGAGAACUCACACCGGUGAGAAGCCUGUCUUGUCAAACACGUGGGAUAGGAUUUUCUCAUUGUAGAUCAUUGCUGAACUGCCUGGAAACUCAAAAUAGAUGAAGUCCUGAAGGACUCUGGGAGAUCUCAGUCUGAUGUCGUUCAAUUUAACAGAAAAGUUCUUGAUUUAAACACUGUUCAGACUCAGAUUUUUUGUUUGCAGUUAAGAAAUGGA